AUGGCUCUGCAUCAGCAACCGCAGUUUUUCAAGCCAAUGUUGCCAUAUAAAAGCAUCAUCCAUGGUGGACUUCAGCCUGGCAAAGCCAUCAUCGCCCAAGGAAUCAUCGAUUCCCAAGCGAAUAGUAUUGAGUUUAAUCUGCAUCACAAAUUUGGAAUUGCAUUUCACUACAAGCCUCGUUUUGAUCAGAAUGUGGUUGUUCGCAACACUUUUGGACAUGGGAAAUGGGAUGAUGUGGAGGAGAGAUCUGGACCCAUGCCGUUUAAAAGAGGGCAAAUGUUUCUGGUGACAAUUUUAUGCAGUUGUGAUCAUUACAAGGUGUUUUUCAAUGGUGAAGAAACUCACACUUACAAACAUCGCUUCACUAAUCUGGGGGAGAUUGAUGUUUUGGAAGUUAGUGGAGAUAUGGAGCUGACCUUUGCGCAGCCCUAACAGGGAACUCAUCCAGAUCUAAUAAAAAUAGAUGUAUAUCUAAGUAAACUUACAUGCAAAAGAUACUCAAGAAGAAAAAAACAUAUUUAUAUGUAUCAAUCUGCACAUUAUCAUUUAAGAACGUUUCACUUGUCUGCAUCUUGAUCUGAUACCCAUGCG